AAAUUUUUUUUAAGCAUGGUAACUCUGAACGAAUUGUAAACCGGCUGCAAUUUGAGGAAAAUUAGAAAGCAAGAAAAGCAUUUUAAGUGUUAUAUGGCUAAUUCAAAUGCAAACCAAUUGCAUCUAAUGAGUUCAUCGACCGGAACUGCAUCUCAAAUGUCCACAAUGGCACAGGGGCACACUACAGCGUCAGCCAUUUUACACAAUUUUCGAGAGUUAAUCAAGGAACCAAAAGGAUUGGACGAUGCUGCAAACUACUUGUUCCAGGGGCUACUCGAUGAUGUGGUAGCCGGUAUUUUUAUAGAAAUUCACCAUUUGCGUAAGACCGGCAAUCUGACAGCACUUGAUGGUGUCGGCGAAGAAAAUGCUGAGUCUGCGUACCGAAUUUGUGAGAUGCCAAAUUUGGACAUUUUUGGCAUAUCAACAGCCAAGAAGCCGAUGGACUGCACCUGCCCAAAUUGUGACAGACUAGUGGCGGCGACCAGAUUUGCACCACACUUGGAGAAAUGCAUGGGCAUGGGUCGCAUCUCAUCUCGCAUUGCCAGUCGACGAUUGGCAACCAAGGAGGGCUCCAGCGCUAGCUCCACCUCUACUUCAACAUAUUUACAGUCGGGCAAUACAGGCGGUACCGAUGACGAAGAUGAUGUAGACUGGUCAUCAGAUAAGCGCAAAAAGAAGUCAACACAGAACUCACGCAACAACGGAUCCAAAAAGAACAAUGGAAAAACAUUUUAACGUGAUAUCGUUGAAUUCUAUUAAGCCUUUCUUUAUUUCCUAAUAUAUGAAAUGCACCGUAUAAGUAAACUUCUCAAUUAUUCUUCAUUUACAUGAGUUGUGUAAACAUGAACAUAGUCAAUAACCAGAUUGGGCUGUAUCCAGGAUUCCCUAACCGCUUGUUCAGUAAAAAGUUCCGUAGCCUUUACUGCUCCAUUCAUGAAUUUCACCUGCUCUGGCAUCAAGUAAUCAUGUGGGAAGUUGAGACCUCCACCUGCAGUCAGGCCCAACACUAAAAAACACUAAAGAGAAGUUAUGAAUAAAUGGAAAUUGUUUGUUAUUAAAAGAAGAACAACGAUACAUUCGAA